AUCCGGCCGCGCUCGCCGGCGCCGCCGGCGUCACGCGCCGCGGCGGCGAACGAUGGCCGCGCACAAAGAGGGUCGACGCUGAAAUAUGCAGACAUAAAGUCGCUGCGCUGCCAUCACGACAGACCUAUUGCCUCCGAGCGUGCGCGUACGUGCGCCUCCUCUCCCUCUCUCCCUCCAGACAGGCUGUCAGGGGCGGGGGGCGGAGUAGAGGCGGAGGAGGGACGCCGAGCUCCAUCCAGUGCCGACGACGGGAGCGUUUGCGCACAGAGUCUGCGCCGCCUACGACAGCCUCGCAGAAUCUCUCGCCGUGGGAACUUUGUUGUUCCCUUCUGGUCUCUCCGCCGAGCAGCCAGGAGCAGCGCGAGCGGGCCGCCGCGUACCCACCGGAGCCGUGCCAGCGUCAGGGAUCUAACAUGUCAAAAGUCAAAGUGUACAUAGCGUCCUCCUCGGGGUCCACGUCGAUUAAAAAGCAGCAGCAGGAUGUGUUGGGCUUCCUGGCCGUCAACAAGAUCGAACACGAGGAGUGCGACAUUGCGGCCAACGAGGAGAACAGGAAGUGGAUGAGAGAGAACAUUCCCGAGGAGCACAGGCCGACCACGGGGAACCCUCUCCCUCCGCAGAUAUUUAACGACUGUAAAUAUUGUGGGGACUAUGAGGCCUUCUUCUACGCCAGGGAGGACAACGCUGUGUACGCCUUCCUGGGUCUGACUGCUCCCCCAGGCUCCAAGGAGGCCGAAGCUCUGGCGAAGAAAGCACAACAGUAGCAGGCUUCCAUCGUUUCCAUCUAAGACCUCAGGCACAGCCGCCGUCCCAGACCUGGACCCAGAGUGGCAAUACAGAGUGGAAUAGAUCCAGAGGAAAAAAAAUACAAAAAAAGUGUCACAUUACUCAGCUUAUGAAUCUGUGGAUGGUUUUAAUUAUUCAGUAUUCUUUCUUAAUCUGUGUUCAGCUGUGCCUUGUCAGCUGUAGUGAAAGGAGGAACUAAAGCAGAGCAUUAUGGGUAAUCACACACAGCCCUGCUUCCUCCUCUUAACCUCAGCCUGCUCAGCCUAUUGGCCUAAAGAUGUGUCAAUCAGUCAUUAGCAUGAACGCGUAGCUUUUCUAUCAGACAGCACUUUGGCAAACAUUGGAAAAUUGUGCACACCAUGAAAAUUGGUAUCAAAUUCAUUGCUUCGUUCAUGUUAACAUUAGACCGUUAAACAUGUUCAUCCUUUAUGUAACUCAGCAGGUUUAAUCAGUUCAAGUCUUCUAUCUGUUUAGCCCUGGAAACACCAAGUCUCACAGGCUUCUUGCAUGUCUUGUCAUUCCUGAAUUUGCUGCACCUUGUGGAGUUUUCUCUUACAAAUGCCAUUCUGAAUUUUAAUUUACUUUAAGUGUCUUAAUGCUGUUUUAAUAGCAAGUGUUUUUCUACGAGAUCAUUAAAAAUGACAAUGCCAAAUGUUGAACUCUGCAAACACAGACAGAUGUGAAGUGGCCGUUUUUUGUUUUGUUUUUUUAUUUGCUGUUGGUUUUGCUGUUCGCAUCCUGUUUCAGUUUCUCGGUGAUUCCUGUCUUGCAUAAUUUACCCUGAAAUAAAAUGGAAAAUUCACCAUAA